AUGGAUUCGAUACAUGCGCGAGAUCAUGCGGACUACUUCACUUGUGAACGGGACUCUAUUAGCACGAGUAAAGUCGCUGCCGUGCCCAGCGCCAGUCCCAGCCCACCGUCCUCCCGACCUAAGGAGGACCAUCCUGGCCAAAUGAAAACGGGACCCCAGUUCUUCGCCGGGGUGUUGGUCAGGGUUCCCCUCCCGCCCAGUCCAGAGCCAGCGCAAUGUAACACGGCGCGGGCCAGCCCGAAAAUGAUCCAUUCAGUUCGUCCGAUCUCAGACAGACCCGUCGAGAAGCAGCCCCGUGUCGGCAUGGGACGUGUCAUUCCUAAGAAGUUCGUUCCGCCAAAUCCGAGGGAUAUGCCACAGGUGCUUUUCCCACUGACUGGUCACCGGGAAUUCACUUUGUUACCUAUACCUCGGUUCGUGCGAGAAAAUGACCCUCGCCAAUUUCUCAUCUACGCGGACGGUGCAUGCUCAAACAUGGUGGCCUAA